AUGGUUAUGUUACAGCCGCCACGUACUUGGCAGUCACUAGCAGGUUUCCGGCCCAGGCCGGUACGCGCGGGAGACGACCAGGCCCCAGGCGUACACAGCGGGACACGACCAGGGCCCAGGCCCGGACACGCGGGGACGCGACCAGGGCCCAGGCGGACGCGCUGUGACACGACCAGGGCCCAGCCGGACACCCGGGACACGACCAGGGGCCAGCGGACACGCGGGACACGACCAGGGCCCAGGCGGACGCGCGGGACACAACCAGGACCAAGGCGGACACGCGGGACACGACCAGGGCCCAGGCGGGACACCCGGGGACACGACCAGGCCCAGCCGGACGCGCGGGAGACGACCAGGCCCCAGGCGGACACGCGGGACACGACGAGGGCCCAGGCGGACGCGCGGGACACGACGAGGGCCCAGGCGGACACGCGGGACACGACCAGGGCCCAGGCGGACACGCGGGACACGACGAGGGCCCAGGCGGACGCGCGGGACACAACCAGGGCCCAGGCGGACACGCGGGACACGACCAGGGCCCAGGCGGACGCGCGGGACACGACGAGGGCCCAGGCGGACACGCGGGACACGACGAGGGCCCAGGCGGACACGCGGACACGACCAUGGCCAGGCGGACUCGCGGGACACGACCAGGGCCCAGGCGGACACGCGGGACACGACCAGGCCCCAGGCGGACGCGCGGGACACGACCAGGGCCCAGGCGGACGCGCGGGACACGACCCAGGGCCCAGGCGGACACGCGGGACACGACCAGGCCCAGGCGGACGCGCGGGACACGACCAGGGCCCAGGCGACACCCGGGACACGACCAGGGCCCAGGGCGGACACGCGGGACACGACCAGGGCCCAGGGGACACGCGGGACACGACCAGGCCCCAGGCGGACGAGCGGGACACAACCAGGACCAAGGCGGACACGCGGGACACGACCAGGGCCCAGGCGGACACCCGGGACACGACCAGGGCCCAGGCGGACGCGCGGGACACAACCAGGGCCCAGGCUGACGCGCGGGACACGACCAGCGCCAGGCCGGACACCCGGGACACAACCAGGACCAAGGCGGACACGCGGGACACGACCAGGGCCCAGGCGGACGCGCGGGAGACGACCAGGCCCCAGGCGGACACGCGGGACACAACGAGGGCCCAGGCGGGCGCGCGGGACACGACCAGGGCCCAGGCGGACACGCGGGACACGAACCAGGGCCCAGGCGGACGCGCGGGACACGACCAGGGCCCAGGCGGACGCGCGGGACACAACCAGGGCCCAGGCGGACGCGCGGGACACAACCAUGGGCCCAGGCGGACGCGCGGGACACAACCAGGGCCCAGGGGGACGCGCGGGACACGACCAGGGCCCAGGCGGACACCCGGGACCACGACGAGGCCCAGGCGGACACGCGGGACACGGACCAGGGCCCAGGCGGACGCGCGGGACACGACCAGGGCCCAGGCGGACCACGCGGGACACGACCAGGGGCCAGCCGGACACGCGGGACACGACCAGGGCCCAGGCGGACGCGCGGGACACGACCCAGGCCCCAGGCGGACGCGCGGGACACGACCAGGCCCAAGCGGACGCGCGGGACACGACCAGGCCCCAGGCGGACGGCGGGACACGACCAGGGCCCAGGCGGACGAGCGGACACGACCAGGGCCCAGGCGGACACCCGGGACCACGACCAGGGCCCAGGCGUACACCCGGGACACGACCAGGCCCCAGGCCGGACACCCGGGACACGACCAGUGCCCAGUCGGACACCCGGGACACGACCAUUCCCCAGGCGUACACCCUGGACACAGCUUAUGGGCCAGGCACCAGGGACGCGCGGUACACGACCAGGCCCAGGCGGACACGCGGGACACGACCAGGGGCCAGCCGGACACGCGGGACACGACCAGGGCCCAGGCGGACACCCGGGACACGACCAGGGGCCAGCCGACACGCGGUGACACGACCAGGGCCCAGGCGGACACCCCGGGACACGUACGAGGGCCCAGGCGGACACGCGGGACACGACCAGGGCCCAGGCGGACGCGCGGGACACGACCAGGGCCCAGGCGGACACGCGGGACACGACCAGGGGCCAGCCGGACACGCGGGAAACGACCAGGGCCCAGGCGGAAGCGCGGGACACGACCAGGCCCCAGGCGGACGCGCUGGGACACGACCAGGGCCCAGGCGGACGCGCGGACACGACAGGGGCCCCAGGCGGACACCCCGGGACAUCGGACCAGGGCCCAGGCGGACACCCGGGACCGACCAGGCCCCAGGCGGACACCCGGGACACGACCAUGGCCCAGGCGGACGAGCGGACACGACCAGGGGCCAGCCGGACACGCGGGGACACGACCAGGGCCCAGGGACGCGCGGGACAAGACAGGCCCCAGGCGGACGCGGGACAAGACCAGGGCCCAGCCGGACACGCGGGACGCGACCAGGCGCCAGGCGGACGCGCGGGACACGACCAGGCCCCAGGCGGACACGCGGGACGCGACCAGGCCCAAGCGGACGCGCGGGACACGGACCAGGCCCCAGGCGGACGCGCGGGACACGACCAGGUCCCAGGCGGACGAGCGGGACACGACCAGGGCCCAGGCGGACACCGGGACACGACAGGGGCCAGGCGGACACCCGGGACACGACCAGUGCCCAGGCGGACACCCCGGGACACUACCAGGCCCAGUGCUUACACCCGGUACACAGCGAGGGGCCAGGCGGACGCGCGGGACACGACCAGGGCCCAGGCGGACACGCGGGACACGACCAGGGCCCAGCCGGACACGCGGGACACGAACCAGGGCCCAGGCUGACACCCGGGAAACGACCAGGACCAGCCGGACACCCGGGGACACGACCAGGCCCCAGGCGGACACCCGGGACACGACCAGGGACCAGGGCGGACACGCGGGACACCAACCAGGGCCCAGGCGGACACGCGGGACACAACCAGGCCCCAGGCGGGACACGCGGGACACGACCAGGGGCCAGGCGGACACGCGGGACACGACCAGGGCCCAGGCGGACACGCGGGACACAACCAGGCCCAGGCGGACACGCGGGACACAACCAGCCCCAGGCGGGACACGCGGGACACGACCAGGGGCCAGGCGGACACGCGGGACACGACCAGGGCCCAGGCGGACACGCGGGACACAACCAGGGCCCAGGCUGGACACGGGGACACAACCAGGGCCCAGGGCGGACACGCGGGACACAACCAGGGCCCAGGCGGACACGCGGGACACGACCAGGGCCCAGGCGGACACGCGGGACACGACCAGGCCCCAGGCGGACACGCGGGACACAACCAGGGACCAGGCGGACGCGCGGGGACACGACCAGGGGCCCAGCCGGACACGCGGGACACGACCAGGCCCCAGGCGGACGCGCGGGACACGACCAGGGCCCAGGCGGACACGCGGGACACGACCAGGGCCCAGGCGGACGCGCGGGACACAACCAGGGCCCAGCCGGACGCGCGGGACACAACCAGGGCCCCAGGCGGACACGCGGGACACGACCAGGGCCCAGGCGGACACGCGGGACACGACCAGGACCCAGGCGGACGCGCGGGACACGACCAGGACCAGGCAGGACACCCGGGACACGACCAGGGCCAGGCCGGACACCGGGACACGACCAGGGCCAGGCGGACACCCGGGACACGACCAGGGCCCAGGCGGACACCCGGGACACGACCAGGGCCCAGGCGGACACGCGGGACACAACCAGGACAAGGCGUACACGCGGGACACGACCAGGGCCCAGGCGGACACCCGGGACACGACCAGGCCCCAGGCGGACACGCGGGACACGACCAGGGCCCAGGCGGACACCCGGGACACGACCAGGCCCCAGGCGGACACGCGGGACACGACCAGGGCCAGGCCGGACACGCGGGACACGACCAGGCCCCAGGCGACACGCGGGACACGACCAGGGCCCAUGGCGGACACCCGGGACACGACCAGGGCCCAGGCGGACACGCGGGACACAAACCAGGGCCCAGGCGGACACCCGGGACAGACCAGGCCCCAGGCGGACACGCGGGACACGACCAGGGCCCAGGCGGACACGCGGGACACGACCAGGGCCCAGCCGGACACGCGGGACACGACCAGGGACCAGGCGGACACCCGGACACAACGAGGGGCCCGGCGGACACGCGGACGCGACCAGGGCCAGGCGGACACCCGGGACACGACGGCCCAGGCGGACGCGCGGGACACGACCAGGGCCCAGGCGGACACCCGGGACACAACGAGGGGCCAGGCGGACACGCGGACGCGACCAGGGCCCAAGCGGACACCCGGGACACGACCAGGCCCCAGGCGGACACCCGGGACACGACCAGGCCCCAGGCGGACACGCGGGACACGACCAGGCCCAGGCGGACACGCGGGACACGACGAGGGCCCAGGCGGACGCGCGGGACACGACCAGGGCCCAGGCGGACACGCGGGACACAAACCAGGGCCCAGGCGGACAACCGUGACACAACCAGGGACCAGCCGGACACGCGGGACGCGACCAGGGCCCAGGCGGACACGCGGGACACGACCAGGGACCAGCCGGACACCGGGACACGACCAGGCCCCAGGCGGACGCGCGGGUGACACGACCAGGGCCCAGGCGGACACGCGGACACGACGAGGGCCCAGGCGGACACGCGGGACACGACCAGGGCCCAGGCGGACACGCGGACACGAGAGGCCCAGGCGGACACGCGGGACACGACCAGGGACCAGGCGGACGCGCGGGACACGACCAGGGCCCAGCCGGACACGCGGGACACGACCAGGCCCCAGGCGGACACCCCGGGACACGACCAGGCCCCAGGCGGACACCGGACGCGACCAGGGUCCGGGACAGCGGACACAACCAGGCCCAGCGGACACCCGGACAACCAGGCCCUCAGGGACGCGGGAUCAGACCGGCCAGGUGUACACGACGGGACAAGACCAGGCCCAGGGACCCGCACACGACAGGCCCCAGGCGACACGCGGGACACGACCAGGCCAUCGGACACCAGGUGACCGACAGUGCCCAGGGACACGCAGGGACACGAGAUGGGCCAGGGACCAAGACAGGGCCAGCCGACACCGGGACCGACAGGCCAGGGACGCGGGCACACCGGUGCAGCGGGGACGACACGCGAGGCCCAGGACGCGGACAAACGAAAGGCCAGCCGGACACGCUGGACGACCAGGCUCCUGCUUGACGCUCGGGACUAGACAGGCCACUGAACGGGACACGACGAGGACCAGGCGCCCAGGUCGACGCGGGUACACGAACCAGGGCCCGCGGACACGCGGGCACUACAGAGUGGCUCAUGCGACUGCGUCUACAAGACACAGGGGAACAGCCCGGGCGGGGCACGACGAGGGGCCCGCGGACGCGCGGGGGCACGACCCCGGGCAGCAGCGGACACGACCCGGGGCCCCGGCGAAGGGGGAAAAGACCCGGCCCCCGGGGGAGCGCGGGGGAGACCAGGGGACGCGGACACGACCAGGGCCCGCCGGGCGGCGGGGCCCGACCAGGGCCCAGCCGGGGCACCCGGGGCACGACCAGGGAAACCCGGGGGGGGCCGGGGGGACAACCAGACCCGGCGGGCGCCCGGGACAAACCAGGACCCGCCGGGGGACGCGGGACACGACCAGGGCCCGGGGAGCGCGGGACAGACCCGGCCCAGCCGGGAAACCCGGGACACGACCAGGGGCCCCGCCGGACACGCGGGGACAGACCGGGGCCAGUGCGGACACGCGGGACACGACCAGUGGACCAGGCGGACGCGCGGGACACGACCAUGGCCAGGCCGGACACGCGGGGACACGACCAGGGCCCAGCUCGGACACGCGGGACACGACCAGGGCCCAGGCGGACACGCGGGACACGACCAGGGACCAGUGCGGACGCGCGGGACACGACCAGGGCCCAGGCGGACACGCGGGACACGACCCAGGGCCCAGCCGGACACGGCGGACACGACCAGGGCCCAGGCGGACACGCGGGACACGACCAGGGACCAGGCGGACGCGCGGGACACGACCAGGGCCAGGCCGGACACGCGGGACACGACCAGGGCCCAGGCGGACGCGCGGGACACGGACCAGGGCCCAGGCGGACGCGCGGGAACACGACCAGGGACCAGGCGGACACGCGGGACACGACCAGGGACCAGGCGGACGCGCGGGACACGACCAGGGCCAGGCCGGACACGCGGGACACGACCAGGGCCAGCCGGACACGCGGGACACGACCAGGGCCCAGGCGGACACGCGGGACACGACCAGGGACCAGGCGGACGCGCGGGACAGGACCAGGGCCAGGCGGACAGCGGGACACGACCAGGGCCCAGGCGGACGCGCGGUGACACUGACCAGGGCCCAGGCGGACGCGCGGGACACGACCCAGGACCAGGCGGACACGCGGGACACGACCAGGGACCAGGCGGACGCGCGGGACAAGACCAGGGACCAGGCGGACACGCGGGGACACGGACAAGGGCCAGGCCGGACACGCGGGGACACGACAGGGACCAGGCGGACGCGCGGGACACGACAGGGCCAGGGCCGGACACGCUGGGACACGACCAGGGACCAGGCGGACGCGCGGGACACGACCAGGGCACAGCCGGACACGCGGGACACGACAGGGCCAGGCCGGACGCGCGGGACACGACAGGCCCAGGCGGACGCGCGGGUACACGACCAGGGACCAGGCGGACGCGCGGGACACGACCAGGGACCAGGCGGACGCGCGGGACACGACCAGGGACCAGGGCGGACGCGCGGGACACGACCAGGGACAGGCGGACGCGCGGGACACGACCAGGGACCAGGGCGGACGCGCGGGACAGACCAGGGCCCAGCCGGACACGCGGGACACGACCAGGCCCCCGGGGGACGGCGGGACAGCCAGGGCCGGCCGGACCGGGGACACGACCAGGCCCCCCGGCGGACACGCGGGACAACCAGGGACCAGGCGGACGCGCGGGACAGACCCGGGCCAGGGGGACGGCCGGGACACGACCGGGAAAACCCGGCGGGCGGCGGGACACGACCAGGGCCGCCGGGCCGCGGGAAAAGACAGGCCCCGGCGGAACGCGGACAGACCAGGGCCAGGCGGGGCCGGGGGACAGACCAGGGCCCCGCCGGACCGCGGGAAAAACCAGGGCCCAGGGAAGCGGGACAGACCCGGGCCCGGCGGGCGGACACGAAGGCCGGGGGACGCGGGGGACACGACCGGCCAGGGGGACAGCGGAAGACGGGCCCGGGGCCGGGCACGCGGGGGCCGCCGGGCCCCCCGGGGGCGCGCGGGGAAAGAAGGGCCGGGGACGCGCGGGGCACGACCCGGGGCCAGCCGGACCACCCCGGGCAAGCCGGAGGGCCCGGAGGGGCGCCGGGACACCCAGGGCCAGGCCGACACGGCAGACAGGCCAGCCGACACCCGGGGGCCGACCGGCCCCAGGCGGGCCGCGGGACCGCGGGGGCCAGGGGGCCCCGGGACACGACCAGGGGCCCGGCGGACCCACACAACCCCCAAGCCGGGCGCGGGGAAAGACAACCAGCGGACGCGCACAAACCAGGGCCAGGCACACGCACCACAGGGGCCACCGACGCGGGGACACACAGGCCAGGGGGAACCGGCACACGGGCCGGCGGGGGCGGACACGACCAGGCCCCGCCGGACACGCGGGACCGACCAGGGGCCCCCCGGCGGGGGACCGACCAGGGCCCGCCGGACCGGGGGGACCGACCCGGGCCCCGGGACACCGGGGCCGACCCGGGGCCCCCGCGAAAGGGCCGGGACACGACCAGGGCCCCGGCGGGAAACCGGGACACGACCCGGGGGCCCCCGCCGGGCCGGGGGAACGACCAGGGCCAGGCGGGCCCGCGGGACGCGACCAGGGCCCAGGCGGACGCGCGGACACGACCCAGGGCCCAGCCGGACGCGCGGGACACGACCAGGGCCCAGGCAGACACCCGGGACACGACCAGGGCCCAGCCGGACGCGCGGGACACGACCAGGGCCCAGGCUGACACGCGGGACACGACCAGGGCCCAGGCAGACACGCGGGACACGACCCAGGGACCAGGCGGACGCGCGGGAGACGACCAGGGACCAGGCGGACGCGCGGGACACGACCAGGGCCCAGGCAGACACGCGGGACACGACCAGGGCCCAGCCGGACACGCGGGACACGACCAGGGCCCAGGCGGACACGCGGGACACGACCAGGGCCCAGGCAGACACGCGGGACACGACCAGGGCCCAGCCGGUACACGCGGGACACGACCAGGGCCCAGGCGUGACACGCGGGACACGACCAGGCCCAGGCGGACACGCGGGACACGACCAGGGCCCAGGCAGACACGCGGGACACGACCAGGGCCCAGCCGGACACGCGGGACACGACCAGUGCCCAGGCUGACACUGCGGGCACACCCCCCAGGCGACCGCGGGACAGACCAGGCCCCGGCAACGCGGGACACACCCGGCCCGGCAACACCGGGGCACGACAGGGGGAGGCACCGGGGGGCACGGGGCCAGGGCCCCGGCGGGCACGGGGCAGACCCGGGGCCCCGCGACCCGGGACACGACCAGGGGCCCCGCCGGACCGGGGGACACGACCAGGGCCCCGGGGGACCGCGGACAGACCAGGGCCAGGCAAAACGCGGGACACGACCCGGGGCCCCGGCGGACCGCGGGGAAAAGACCGGGCCCCCGGCGGAAAGCGGGACACGACAGGGCCCGGCGGACCGCGGGACAGACCCGGGCCCACCACACGCGGGAACGACGGGGCCCAGCCGGGGAACGGGGACAACGACCAGGCCCAGCCCGGGCACGCGGGACACACACCGGCCACCACACCAGGGCCCGGGGAACGCGGGGCACGACCGGGCCCCGCGGACCGCGGGACAACCGGGGCCCCGCCGGACACGCGGGGACACGACCAGGGCCCCAGCGGACACGCGGGACACGACAAGGGCCAGCCGGACAACGGGGACACGACCAGGCCCAGCCGGACACGCGGAAGACCGGGACCAGGCGUGA